CAACAUGAUACAAGUACAUCGAGUCAAUACAAAUUAUUUGUCACCAUCCUUCCUAUCCCCAUCUUUACUACCAUCCAUCUAUUCUCUCAAAUACAGUUACAGCAUCUUGCUUGUAUGACUCUCCCUCGCUGUCGGUCAUUUAUACGCCUCAUUCAUAUAAUCGUCAUCAUAAAAACUCUUGUCACGCGUUCUAUCACAUACCGACACAUCUCUCCUGUCCCCUCACAGCACACUCCACUCAUGUUCAACAUACAACAUCCUACAAAAGUCAAACAUCUCUUAAUCCUCGAUUCACUCCUCUUCCCUCAAACACGUACCCCGUCACACCCCCGCACCCUCUAUCCCGAACCCGAAAACCUUCAAAGAAAAACCUCCCUUACAACUCCUCAUCCUCCCUCAGCACCUCUACAACGACCCUCACCGCAGUCACAACCUCCGCCCCCAACAACGGCUCCCGCUCCCGCCGCCGCUCCGCUCGCUGAUCGUCGACAAGACAGAGACCCCGCGCGCACCCCAGCCUUGACGACGCUGGGUACGGCCGCGCUCGUCUAUCGGCCCUGGUGCUGCUGCUGCAGGACAUCGCGUUGUGCUGCUUUUUUGUUCAAUUCGUAUCAUACAUCCUUUUGUAUUCUCUCCUUCUCUGUCUGUGGGGUAUAG